GAGGUUAAAUUCCACUGCACGAAACUACAAACCACAGCCUGCGGGACAUUAAUGGUCUAUUUGAGCAUUCACACAUUUUGCCUUAGACUGCAGCCACACAGACAUGGACUGGACCUACCUCGUUAUAUGGUUCCUGAGUUUGUCAGUGAGUGAGUGCAGGCAGCCGUCCGACUCAUUACUAGAUGUGGAGGUCCAGUCCCCUCAGUAUCCCCAGCCUUACUCCCCCAACCUGCUGAGGAAAUGGGACCUCUGGGUUCCCGAUGGCUACAAGAUCCAGCUGUCUCUAACACACCUGGAUAUUAAAGCUUCUCCAGGCUGCGAUCACGACUCUCUAACAGUUCUCAAUGAUGAAAAGGUCUUGGGGAAGUUUUGUGGCCAGGAAAAUUCAACUGGCAAAGAGCCGAUCAUUUCUCAAGGCAACAGGCUGACUCUAAUAUUCCAAACUAGUGACUUUGAUGCUGAGCUCCAACAGCAUGUUGGUUUCUCUGCUAUAUCCAAAGCAAUAGACAUGGAUGAGUGUUCACAGUCGGACCCUGGAGAUGACUCCAGUCCGAUCUGCUCUCAGAUCUGCAUCAACAGCCCUGGUUCUUACCGCUGCUCCUGCCACCGUGGCUACAAACUUCAUUUAGACAAGAGCACAUGUUUGAUCUCCUGUGGGCGUCAGACAUUUGACAAGCAUGAAGGACAUCUGGCCAGUCCAAGAUACCCUCACCCUUCACCUCCUUCUCUGUCCUGCAAGUACAUCAUCUCUGUGGAGCCCAGAUUCAAUAUCACUCUCAACUUCACUGACAGCUUCCACAUAGACAGCACGGACACUGAGCAAGGUCCCAGGUGUCUUCAUCACUGGCUGCAGGUGACCAUCCCAAACAGAGAGCCCAUGAAGCUGUGUGGUGCAAAGAGUCCAGGUCUGAUAGAUACAAACUCCAACACUGUCACACUGGAGUACCACACUGAUGUUGAGGGACUGAGUCGUGGCUGGAGCCUGGACUACGGCACAUCCGUAAUUGAUUGUGGAGAACCUGAACCUUUGCUGAAUGGAGGGGUGACCUUCCUGACUGACUUCCAGAAUCAGUACGGGUCUGUUGUUCAGUAUCACUGUAAUGAACCCUUUUACACUCUCCCUGGGGGAAAAAAUGUUACUUUCACCUGUGACGCAAACGGAAAGUGGAGCUCUAAUCACAACGAUGUCGCUCUAACAUGUGUACCUGUCUGUGGCCAGCCCACAAAACUCAUCUCCACCUAUCAGAGGAUCAUUGGAGGCAGCGAUGCUCCACAGGACACCAUCCCCUGGCAGGUGCUCCUGAAUGUAGAUGGACGAAGAGCAGCAGGCAUGGUGAUUGGAGACCGCUGGAUCAUGACUGCAGCUUCUGAGCUAACACAUGGUGGAGAACCGGUAUCAGAAGACACUGUACGGAUUUACAUGGGAUCUUCUGACAUUGAAACCCUGUUGGGCUGUCCUGUGUUUGCAGCUUCAAUCCACGUUCACCCUGAGUACAACAACCCCAACCUCGUUAACUUCAACAAUGACAUCGCCUUGAUCAAACUGCAAGAUCCAAUCACAUUCAACUCCUCCGUUAUGCCAAUAUGUUUACCAGCAGAGGAUGCCACAUACGACACCGGAUUGCUGGGGUAAAGAAACAGCAGCAGAGAAUAAUUUCUUAAUGCUAUAUAAUCCUUUUCAUUAAAAUGAUACUUACUUAAAAGUAUUUUUUUAACUCACUAAAUCUUAAUCGUUCCUCUUCC